AUGUUAGCGGCUCUAAUGGACAUGAGCCAGACGCUGGCGGCGAGCCUUGCCUAUGCGCCGCUGGACCAGCUCGGCAAUACGAGUCAGCUGGAUGGAUCGUUGGCAACAGCGGCGGCAACAACAACAACAACGGUAACAACAUCGACGAGCACGCAUAAUGCCAGCGGCGAGGAGUAUCCGCAGUAUGUGAAGGUUUUGGAUCGCCCGGAGACCUAUAUUGUCACCGUGCUCUAUACGCUCAUCUUUAUUGUGGGCGUGCUGGGCAAUGGCACUUUGGUCAUCAUAUUCUUUCGGCAUCGCUCCAUGCGCAACAUACCCAACACUUAUAUACUCUCACUGGCGCUGGCCGAUCUGCUGGUCAUUUUGGUCUGUGUCCCGGUGGCCACAAUAGUCUAUACCCAGGAGAGUUGGCCCUUUGAGCGUAACAUGUGCCGCAUAACCGAAUUCUUCAAGGACAUUUCGAUUGGCGUCUCCGUCUUCACGUUGACAGCUCUCUCCGGGGAACGCUAUUGCGCCAUUGUCAAUCCGCUGCGCAAACUGCAGACAAAGCCGCUGACUGUCUUUACGGCCGUGAUUAUCUGGGUGUUUGCCAUAAUGCUGGGCAUGCCAUCGUUUGUUGUCUCCGACAUCCAGGGCUACACCCUGCCCACGCCCAAUGGCAACAUAACCAUUGAAGUGUGCUCGCCAUUUCGCACCAAGAUUUAUGCAAAAUAUAUGGUGGUUGCCAAGGCGUCGAUAUACUAUUUGGUGCCGCUGUCCAUCAUUGGCGUGCUGUACAUCAUGAUGGCCAAGCGGCUGCACAUCAGCGCCCGGGACAUGCCCGGCGAGCAGCUGAGCAUCCAGAGCCGCAGCCAGGCGCGCGCCCGACGCCAUGUGGCACGCAUGGUGGUGGCCUUUGUGGUCGUAUUCUUUAUUUGCUUCUUUCCAUAUCAUGUGUUCGAGCUGUGGUACCAUUUCUAUCCCACCGCCGAGGAGGACUUCGAUGAUUUCUGGCAUGUGGUGCGCAUAGUGGGAUUUUGUACAAGCUUCCUCAAUUCGUGCGUUAAUCCUGUGGCGCUUUAUUGUGUGUCCGGUGUGUUUCGACAGCAUUUCAACCGUUAUCUGUGCUGCAUUUGCGUCAAGCGGCAGCCGCACCUCCGGCAACACUCGACCGCAACGGGCGUCAUGGACACCAGCGUCACCUCGAUGCGUCGUUCCACCUAUGUGGGGGGCGGUGGGGGCGGAGCCGUUGGCGGCAGCCUGGCCGCCCAUCGUGCCUCGCUGCACAUGAACAAUAACCAUGGCGUGGGGGUUGGCGGCGGCGGAGGCGGAGGCGGUGGCGGUCGUGGCGGCAGUUUUCAUCGCCAGGACUCGAUGCCAUUGCAGCACGCGGGCAGCGGCAAUGGGCAUGCCCACAAUGUGGGCGGCCCUGGUGCUGGCAUCGGACGCGCCUCCAUCAUCAAUGAGAAAAGUGCUAGUUCUAGUCUGGAGUAA